AUGGUGAUGGAGUCAUCAAAAUGGUGGUGGAUUGGAAACCACAACACCACUAAUUUCUCACCAUGGCUUCAUUCUACUCUCUCUGAGUUGGAUGCAAAAACAGAGGAUAUGCUGAGAGUUAUUGAUGAGGAUGCUGAUUCUUUCUCCGCAAGAGCUGAGAUGUAUUAUAAGAAAAGGCCUGAGCUUGUCGCUAUGGUCCAAGAUUUCCACCGUUCACAUCGCUCCUUAGCCGAGAGGUACGACUUGUUGAGACCUUCCUCUGUUCAUAGACACAGUCAUCAUGAGAAGUCAUCAACUUGGGAUGUGUCUUCCGACAACAACUGA